CUGGUGGCACUUUCAUGUUCGUUUGUAUUUUGUUCUCAAAUAACACAUUGGUAUCCUCGGUUUUGGAAUUAUAUUCAGUCGAAACAAAAUGAUAAUUCUAUAAAGAAUGGAUGAAAACCAAAAACCCGCAUUGACAAGCACAGAUGUGCAAAAUACUGGUGAUGAAAAUGAGCCAGAAAAAUCCUCCCCAUCUUUCAGUAAAGAAGAGGAAGUAAACAAACCAGUUUUAGAUUCCGACCCAGAAACUGUCACUAAGAUAGAUGAUGUGACUAAGGAAGUUUUGGAUAAAGAAAGAAUUGGGUCAUCUGAGAGUGAUCAAAAUUUAUCAAAUCUGGAAAAGAAGGACAAACGGAAAGUCAGUUUUCCUGUAGAUUCCAAAAUAGUAAAGGACUUUUUGGAACCACCAGAUCCUUGGAAAAAUGUUCCUGAAUGGAGAACUGAAGACUUAAUAAAAGCUUACAAGACAAGCUGUGAAAGGCAUGGAACUAAACCACUGUCUAAGAUUUUAAAGCAGUUAGGAGGCAUUGAAAAUGUCGGAGAGCGUUAUGAAAUCCUAAGUUUAAAAGGUGAGCGGCUGGAUAUGCGUCAAUGCGAGAGUCUGGAAGACAUUCUGCGACAUGUACGUUUCCGCUGUAUAGACCUUGAGGCCACACAUCUGGAUGAUGAGAUGGCUGUGGCGAUAUUUGAGAUGGUGGAGUACUACGAGUCCGCGAGUAAGCUCAACAUAUCUUUCAACAAGGGCAUAGGGCCCCGUGGUUGGCAAUCCUGCUCAAAACUUGUCAGAAAGACACCGUGCCUGACGUUCGUUGAUGCGCGGAGCUGCGAUUUAAAUGAAAGAGUGAUCCCAAUAUUUGGACGGGCCCUGAGAAUGGGCUGUUUUCUGCAGAGGCUGCAUCUGCAGAGCGCAAACCUUGCAGGAAGGGCCCUCGUUAUACUGGUUGCGGCCUUGAAAAUGAACGAGGUCUUGAAGGAGCUGUUUAUCGGGGAUAACAAGUUCACGGCGACGGACGGGGUCCAGAUUGGUAACCUGCUCAAGUAUAACCAUAAACUGGAGCUCCUAGAUCUCAGAAACAACCAUCUACAGGAUGUUGGAGUGGGUCAUGUAUGUGACGGGCUGGCAGAGCAAUGUCUCGACUCCGGUCUUCUUACCCUUGUGCUCUGGAAUAACCAAGUCACCUUCCAGGCCAUGAAUGCCAUCAACAAGGCACUCACGACAGCGGAACACCUAGAAACGUUAAAUCUAGGCCACAACCCAAUCACCAAUGAGGGCAUCCACAUACUGAAGGACGGGCUUCUGAAAACCAAGCUGCUAAAGCUUGGGCUCUCGGGCACGAAGGUUUCAUGUGAAGGAGCUGUUGCCCUGGCUGAGGUUAUAGCAGACAACAAUAAGCUUGUCAGGGUCGACCUGCAGGAGAAUGACAUCAAAACUGCAGGCCUGAUGGCGUUAUCCCUGGCUCUCAAGGUGAAUGAAACAAUCACCCGGCUAGAUGUGGAUAGAGACACCAAGAAAGAAUCAGGUGUGAAAGACUAUGCAGAACAACAGAAGAGAUUACAAAAAGACAUUGCUUCUUGCCUGGAGAGAAACCGCGAUAUUUUUCGCAAACUCGAAGAUGAAAAACGUCUCCUGGAAGAGAAAAACCAGGAAAACGCCCGCAAGCUUGAAGAAGCUUCUGAAGACUUAACAGAAUCCAGUGAAUACAUUCCAUCUGGUGACACGAUCCACAGACCAAAACUGUUAUUUAUUCCACAACCUAUAUAUAUACCUGAGCACGAAUUGGACUCGCCUGUUUUAGGACAAGACUUUGAAUUUGAGGAGUUCAAUUUUGAAUCCACUUCAGGCGUGACCAAACCCAAGCAAUUGUCAGUACCCCAAGGGGCUGAUUUGUUGAGUCCCCAGUACUGUGCAAACCCCAAAGCCACAGCCAAAAAGAUUUUCUCAGUAACAAAAGUGACAAGCCCUCUUCAAGCUGCUCCAUUGUCAAGCAAUUCCACUGGAUUACCAGGAUUUAGUUUUUCUACACUGACUUCAGCAGUAAAUAGUGUGAUAAACUCACCCACCCAGGUCCACCCCCCAGUUGGGAGAAGGGGAGAUGGGGAAACUCUCCCAGAUUUCCCCCAGAUAUGCCCACCACUGGCUACAGUGGAUGUACAGAGUCUCGGCACACCCAUUCCAAUAACAGUACCUCUAACCUCUGACGCGUCCAGUCCCAAUUCACUUCAAAAAGUGAUUGAGGAACAAACUCUAGUGACAUACAUUCAGCAGAUUGUUGACGCUAAGAACAUAACAUCUGAACUUCCAAAAGUGGGUGAUUCAAAUGUUGUUGUUGAUGCCGAGAACAAAACAUCUGAACUUCCAAAAGUGGAUGAUUUAAAUGUUGUGGAGACAGACAACGGUGUUUCUGAACUGAAAGGUAAUUCAGGUCCUCCAAAAGUGGAUGAUCCACAUUCUGUUGAGACGGUUGAUGUAGUUUUGGAACCCAAAAGUAAUUCUGAUGCUGAAGAUAAUGUGUCAGAACUGAAAAAGAGUUCUGAAACUUUGUCAGAAGAUUCUGUCAGUGAAGGUAAUGAAACUGUUGAAAACUGUGAUGUGGAAACUAGUGAUAAUCAUGUGAACGAUGCAAUUGAAACCAAUGGUGAUACUGUUGAAUGUGAUAAUUCACGGCUGCCUGAAGACAAUAAUAUUGAAGUUAAACCGGAGAGUAAAGAAGGUGUUGAUUCGGUUAGUAGUGGUGCGAGUGGGGAUGGUAGUGAUUUAAAGGUUGAAACUGGUGUUCAUAAGGAGGAAACUGUUAGUGUUAACGAUGAUGUUCCAAUAGACCAUCCUGAUGAUAUUGAUGAUAAGGAAAACAAUGGUUUAUGUGUUAGUGUUAAAGAUAAUGUUCCAGUGGACCAUCCUGAUGAUAUUGAUGAUAAGGAAAACAGUGAUUUAUGUGUAGAAAAAACAAGUGUUGAAAAUACUCAAAACAUUACAGAAAGUUCUAACAACGCAUGUUCAAGUGCAGAUAAUGAAGCUGGUUCUAAUGUGUGGAAUAAUAAUAGAAACAUAGCAAUGGGUUCUAGUCCACAAAAUUUGUCCAUUGUUGUCUGUGAUGUUAAAAUUCCAGAGGAAAAUAUAUUGUCGGCAAAGAAAAAUGAUGAAACUUGUGAUGAUCAAAAUGAAGAUGUUGGUUUAAAUGGUGAUUUUGUCGACUGCUUUGACCAGUUUGAAGAGGCUGGUGAUAAAGGUGUUGGGAAUAUCAAAGAAAAUGAUAAAAAUAGUCUAGACUCAGAACCCUGGAACUCACUAAAUGAUUCGGAUUUCUCUGACAAUGUAAACGGUGGAAUACCAGUACCUACUCCUGUGGGCAAUAAACCUGACUUCCAUACAAAUCUUUCCUUCAAUGGUCUACAACAGGAGCUGGCCAGUUUGAUUGAUGAAGAAUCUUCGCUAGCCAACGGCUCGGUGAAAUCGGGCAAAUGCCAAGAUGCAGAACCUGUGGCGCAUUGAAACCAAUACAUGUAGGAUAAAUAAUAGCAAUAUUCAUGGUGCUUACAGCGGUUAAGGCAGGACAGUUACAGAACACUGUUGGAAAAAAAACACAUGAACAGCACGCCCUAUGAAAAGAUUGUUAUAUAGCAUACAUACAUCUAAUAUUUUGGAUAAAGCUCCCAUGCCAAUGUUACGACAUGUAUUCAAGUGAACAACUGACCCAAGAGACUGGUCAGUCCAUCGAGUGAAUGAACAAAAUGAACAUGUUUUCAUGUAGAAACAGAACUUCAUACAUACAUGUGCAUGGAUUGAACGAAGAAAAGAACAUGUUUCCAUGUACAAAAUAACUUCAUACUUACAUGUCAAUUGCUUGAAAGAAGAGAAAGAACAUGUUUCCAUGUAGAAACAGAACUUCUUACUUACAUGCCAAUUGCUUCAAAGAAGAGAAAGAACACGGUUUCCAUGUACUAGAAACAGAACUUCAUACUUACAUGUAAAUCGCUUGAAAGAAGAGAAAGAACAAGUUUCCAUGUAGAAACAGAACUUAAUACUUACAUGUCCAUCGCUUGAAAGAAGAAAAAGAUUUUUUUUUCCAUGUACUGAAGAACUCCAUAUCUUCAUACACACAUGGAUUACUUGUUUACCAUUGCUAAUUCAUAGUGGAUCCAUUUGUGGUCAUAAUGAUUUCAGUGUAAAUUCAUGAACCACCUCAUUCUUGCUAAUAAUGAGUGGUUUUGACUUCUUAUAUGUACAUCGUAAGGCAACUAUAAAUUAUUUGCUAGAUUUUUGUCCCGCCCAUCCCCUCUUUCUUCCCCCCCCCCCCCCGGCUUGUCUAGAAACACGUGUAAACAGUUACUUAGGCACUAAGAAAGAGUAUAAACACAUAUUUAAAGGUGAAACAGUAAUCUUAAAAAAAGAAAAUGUUACCCCCCACCCCCAUUAAAAUAAAACAAAUGGAUGUAAAUCUAGCAGUUAAUUUAUAUCAGCCUUAUGGACGGCAUUUUACGUCCAACUUGGCAAUUAAACAUACACAUGUGAUUACUACUUGGGCAUACAAAAUCGGAUAUUUAGUUUGUUACUCACAUAUAUAUUCACACUUAUACAUAUAGUAGGAUGAAAUGACGUCAGUUUCAAGUUACUUAAGUGUUAUGUAAGAAAAUAAUUAAUGGUUGUAUUAUAUGCGAAACAAUGAACGUCAUGUGAUAAGAUCACAUCUGGUAUCCAACUUGUACGUGUACUUAGCAAAGCAUCUAGGUCUGAAAUUAAUUUCCAUCUUAGAUUUAUAUUAAUUUGAAGAUUAUGAUCUCAGUGUUUUGAUUGGACUGUUAAACUUUUUAGCCAAUGAAAUAAAAGGAAUCAGAUUUUACUUAAUUUUCAAAUUAUAAUCUCAGUGUUUUGAUUGGGCUGUUAAACUGGUUUAAGCCAAUGAAAUGAAAGGAAUCACUAAGGAGUCAUGUCUAAGGAUAGGGGGUAAAAAAAGGAAAGGAAAAAACCGACAUACCAACACCUUGGAAGUUAAGUUCGGAAAACAUCAAACAAACAAUUCACUCUGGCCUUGUUGAAAUGUUGUAUAAUUUUAGUAAUAUGUUAAUUCUCUGUGUGUUUUUUCCUGGAUUGGUAAUACAUGUACCACUGUAAAUAACUUCUAAUUACUAAAACCGGGUAUUCUUAUUUCAAGGUUGUGUAAUAACGUGAUUGUGUAAUAAUUUAUCCCCAUUAAAUUUUUAUAAUAUAUUUUCUUUCUGUAAAGUAUAUGUACUUAAAAACUGGCUCAUUAAAAGUGGGAUUUAUUUCCCCCCCGGUAAAUAUUAUUAAUAUGUUUUCUUUUUGCUUGUAAUAAAGUACAUGUACUGCUGAACUCGCUCAUUGAAAUCAAGAUUUUUAAACAUUUCUUUCGUGGCUAGAUGCGUGUUUUUCCCCUUCUAUCCAGAGCUUCAUAGAUAAGCUUCCCCUUUUUACUCUUAAAGCUGCACUCUCUCAGAUUGAUAGUUUUGAAAAAUAAUUUUUUGAGUUUUUGUCUCAGAAUCGGCUGAUUUUGUUAUCACAUUAAACGCCUUCAAUUCAGUUGGAUAGGAUAACUCACAAUAGAACAGAUUGCAUUGUUUGGAAAACUGAUGAAUGUAUCAUUUUUCUUAAAGGGAAAGUAACGCUUUUAGUCAUAAAACAUAAAUUUUCGAACAUAAAUAUGAAAAAUUGCAAUCUGAUCUUUUGUCAGCAGUCUUAUAUCACUGGUUUCCAGACAUUUACUCACAAAUUGGCUUAUUUGGAGACAAAAAAAAGCUGUCAAAAUGGUCGAUCUGUGAGAGUGCAGAUUUAAGUUAUAUAUAUAACGAGUGGAUUAACUUCUGAAUUAAGGAAAGGGUUAAGUUACUAUUUGUUAUACAGGAACAAGGACUGAAAUAUUUGUGUGGUCAAUAAUAAGUAAGCUACUAUAUCUCAAAAUAAUUCUUAUUUUUUGUUGGUUUAAACUUACCAUAUAAUAUCAUAAGAUGUUGUUAUAAGAUGUUGUUGUUUUUUUCAGUAUCUUGGGGAAAAUGAGCUAUAUUUGAUGUUGGAAUAGGGAAUUUUCGUGUUGUUUUUCACAAAAUUUGGAAAUUUUAAUAAAUAUUUAUGUAAGUUGAAUAUACACAAUUACUCUUUUAAACCAUUUUUGAUGGCCAAUUAUAACUUCACAACAAAAAAGUAAAGUAUUUAAAAGAGAACUUGUACAAAUUUGUGUAGAACUUUUGAUUGGAAAUUUAUUCAGCAUUUGGUGGAAAAACAUGGACAUUUUGAGCAUAACUGAAAAUCGGCUAUCAAAAUCGUUUAAAAACAACAACCGUGGAGUAAUGUUUGUCCUGCUAUGCUAAGUAUCCAAGCAAACACCUUUGAUCUGUAUGUUGUAUGUGAAUACUUCUAUUUGCAUUGAAUGCAUAACAGUGGCCUCACUUCGAAUGCCGAAGCUUAAAUAUCCCAUGUUUUCAGUAGCAACGUUUUCAGCAUUUAAUCCUGGUAAUUUGAUCACAGUUUUUUUAACAAAAUGCUGAAGUUACAGUUUUUGUAGUUAAGAUUUCUGAAGGUUCGGCAUUUUUGCUUCUCUGUGAGAUAUCCAAUCGUUGCUCGACACAUGAUGCAACACCAUUUUCUCAUUUGACUAUUUACUCUGCAGUGAUGUAAAAAUUCCGAAAUAGAAAAAAGGCAGCUUCGGCAUUUUGAAGUGAGACCAGCGAUAUAGUUGCUUGUCUGUAUGUACUAUAUUAAAUGCUUCAGAUAAUCAGAAAAAGAAAAUGUUUUCAUAUAAACUUAAAAUAUGAUUAUAAAUUGAUACAAGCUUGACAUAUUUGAUACUUAAUACAUUAUUUUCAUGGAGCGGCAGUUUAAAUAAACCAGUACAUCAGAAGUGACAUCAUUUCAGUUUCAAUCCCAUAGACAUUCAGCUUUCAAGAAUUAUACCCAGGAAAGACAUAAAAACUACAUUAUGAAUUUCUUACUUUCCAUCAAUUUUUCAUGUUCUCUUCGAAGUUUGUGAUAAUAAGAUGCAAACAAAGAGUUUAAAAAGUCAUUUUACUUUUUAAGCAUAUGUAAACAAAAAUGUUUUUGUUCUUGUAGGAAAAUAUCUGUGCUUGUUCUUGUGUGAACAAAAGUGCGCUCCUGACAGUGCGCAGUAUUACAAGAACUAGUGCAUAUAUAUUCAUUUAAAAUCAAUGAUAUAUAUGCUUUUUUGUUGUUUUUAUGCUGUAUGAACUCAGUAGGGCACGGGAGGUGAAAUUCUAUGAAACGCGCUAACGCUUCUUGGUAAUUUGCUCGCUCGCUGUGUGCGAUCAAUAUGUAUAUUUACAUUUGAAAUAAUUAUUCAAUAUGAUUAAAAAUUAGCAGUUACUUCUGCAAUUGAGUUUUUGUUCUUAAAGAAAUUAAACCGACUACAUACAUUUGGCUAAAAGAAUUGCAGAUAUUUGUAUCAUCAUAUAUCAUUGGUUAAAUCAUGAUGUGCUAAUCCAAUCGCAGCGCAAUAUUGAAAUAACCAAUGACGUCAUAACUCCUUGCGUGUUAUACAAUAUGAUCGUCAAGUUUUAUGUCAUAAUCUCAAGGACUAGGCGAAUGUAAAUAUAUGUGUGUGUCACUAUUUGCAUCACCCCUAUUAAUUUUGCUGUUCUUAUUUUAGUGGUCUACAUGAUAAAAUUGUGUCUAUUGAUUGAUAAACUUUAACUUGACUUGAAACAUUUCAUAAUUUCAUAUUAUGUGAUAUAAUUUAUUCAAAAUUUUAAAUAUAUUUCUCUCAUUUUUUGUACAAAAAAUGAAAUCUUUACUUGUAUCGGAUAUUUAAAAAUAUUUCUUCUCUAAAGUUAAGCUGGAGAUAUCGUAAUACGCCAGAUAAGGCCAUGCAAAAUUGAUUUUAUGUUUAGCAUACUUUAUGGCAAAUAAGGCAAUGCAAAAUUGAUUCUAUGUUUAGCCUAAUUUAUUGCAAAUAAGGCCAUGAAAAAUUGAUUCUGUGUUUAGCCUAGUUUAUGGCAAAUAAGGCCAUGCGAAAUUGAUUCUAUGUUAAGCAUUCUUUGUGGCAAAAAAGGCCAUGCAAAAUUGAAUCUUUGUUUAGUGCAGUAUAUUGCAAAUAAGGCCAUGCAAAAAUAAUUUAUGUUUAACCUUGUUUUUAUGCAAAUAAGGCCUUGCAAAACGGAUUCUAUGUUUAGCAUAGUUUAUGGCAAAUAAUGCCAUGCAAAAUUUAUUCUAUGUUUAGCGUAGUUUAUGGCAAAUAAGGCCAUGUAAAUUGAUUCUAUGUUUAGCGUAAUUUAUGGCAUAUCAGGCCAUGUAAAUUGAUUCUAUGUUUAGUGUAAUUUAUGGCAAAUCAGGCCAUGUAAAUUGAUUCUAUGUUUAGUGUAAUUUAGGGCAAAUCAGGCCAUGCAAAACGGAUUCCUGUUUAGCGUAGUUUAUGGCAUAUAAGGCCAUGCAGAAGUGAUUCUAUGUUUGUGGUCUUAAGGUAUUAAGCAAAUAUGGUAAAAUUUACUGUAAAAAAAAAGGGUUUCAACAAUGAAAAGGUUGACGCAUCUUUGUCAAAAUUACUUGUAUUUUUGGUAGUUUGAAAUAUUUCGGAAUUCCAUUUUUUAGUCAUUAGUAAAUAAGGCUCCUGAUUCAAGAAAAAGACACUUGCACAGUAAAAUUAAACAGUCUUGAUUCAUUGACCUACAAAUGUCUAUGUUGUUGAUUUCUUUUCAAUUACAGUUGGUGAAAUCUGCUUCGUAUCAAGCAAAUGUGUUUUCAAGAAAAAAAUAGGAUUUUUUUUCUAUGACUGCUUUUUUUCCUGCUUGGUAUAUGUAAGUUUUGAAAUUGGAACCUGACAAUUAAAACUUAGAAUCUAUUUGGUAUGGCCUUAUGUUGUGUACUACAUACAUGUCUGCUCAAAACAUUGUUUACAUUUUUGUGCAAUAGAAAUUGAUGUGAAAUCUAACUUAGGUUGUAUAACAGUUUUAGUAGCACUUAUAACAUUCUAUGGAAUAAAAGACUAUUGGUAUUUUGUAAGAUAAAUUGUGCUUCUUGCUAUCAUAAUAAUGCAUGUCAUUAGGUUGCCAUGGUUAUUUUUCUCAUUUAUGUUUGUCAUAUUGACUGAUUGUACUGUAAUCUUUAAUAACGGAAUUUUACUAACCCUUGGAAAAUCUUUAUAACAUGACAUCUAUUGUUACUAUAUAUGUGUUACAAUGUAAAUAGGGGAGGAUUGUUUAUUUCAGUGUAAGAUCAUAAUAUAUUUCACCCGAGUAAGCACCAAAGUAGCAACAAGUGAAAUAUUCACUUUUGGUUUUUACAAGGUGAAAUAUAUUACAAUCUUACACUGAAACAAACAAUUUUUCUUUUAUUGUAUGAAUAUGAAGACAAUUAUUAACACUUUUUUAGAAAAACGUGCCAGUUUGUUUGCGCAUGUAAUGUCUUCUCUGAAACGACCUCAUUAAAAUUGCAUGCAUGCUGAAGUUUUAUUGGGAUCUGAAAGCGACUAAAAUUUGUUUGAAACAUUGAAAUAUCAAUUUUAUUUUCACUGAUUAAUCUCUAUAAACCUCCGGAAAGCAUAUAAUAAUGUUUUAUGUUCAGAAAUUGUUUCAUCCUGAAUCAGAAUUGUUUAUGCCCACACCUCAAUCUUGCAUGCAAAACUGUUUAAGGCUAGGCCAAAUUAAUUAUGUUUUACGUCAUUAAGUGGUAAGGUUUCAGUCCUAAAAAUAAAAAUAAAUUUCUAAUUAAAAAAAAACCAAUCAUCUGAGUCAGGAAUAUGAACAUUAAAUUAUUAUACAAGGAGAAGUUCAAUUAUUGAGAGGUUUUGGACCUUCCAAUGUAUAUGAUGCCUUUUUCGAUUGUUAAAUAUGCUACCAAGGCCAUUUGAUGUAAAGAUAAUAAGGUUGAUGUUUUUUUCUUUUGGAUUUUGUUUGUUUUCCUGCUCGGUUGAUAGGGUUUGAAAUUAGACCUUUGGGGUUCCUUUUAUAAAGAUCUUAGUGAAUUUUAGUGUGAAAUGUUGAUUUUAGUCGAUAAAUGUCAUUUUCAUUAUAGAUUUUGCAUGAAUUUACAUUAAGCCAGUAGUAAAAAUGGAAUCAAAUGUUAGUUAAAAAAAAAAUCGCUUCUCGAAAUUUCGUGACAAAGAAAUUUUCUUCUAAUUCAAGAUUACGGUUUUGGAGUUUAACGACUAAGAUUAUUUACUGAAACAGGCCCCAAAUGCUCAACAUAGAAUAAAUUUUACAUGGCCUUUGAUGAAAUACAGGGAUGUGAUUUGUCAGGAGGAUUUCAACGGAUAUAAUGGCUCCAGGGACCAAAAAGAAGAAGAAAAAAAAUAUAUAUACAUAUAAAUUUAUAUAUAUAUUUUUUUUAACUUUUUAAUAUAUCAAAAACAGUUAGCUGGUUGCGUUUGGUUGUUUCUUUAUUUGUCGGUAAUAUUGACACUCCAGUUUGCUUCGAUUUUGAAAGUCUCAAGGACUCUAAAAAAUCUAGAUUUGUUUCACGGCAGGGUGCUACACCCCCUUUGACACCCACUGGUGGCCUAAAGUGCACCCGAAAAUUAACCCAUGGCCGAAAUGUUUUCAGCCCUUCAGCUUCCAGGUCAAUCACAUCCCUAAAAAAGAAAACAUUAAAACACCUAUUAAGCGGUCUUAAUAUCCAAUAUUAUUGAAGGUCAAAAUGCAGGACAUAAGUACAACUACAAUCCAGCCUUCAUUUAAAGCUGCACUCUCACACAUUGACUGUUAUGACAACUUUUUUUUCUUUUUUGUUUUAUGGGCAAAAUUUUGUAUAAACGUCUGAAAACCAGUUAUAUAAGACUGCUGAUAAAACAUCAGAUUGCAGUUUUAAAUAUUUACUCUCUAAAAUUGAUGUCUUAUGGCUUAAAGCAUUACUAACGCUUUAAGAAUUUUAAAAUGAAAAUCUGCCAAGAUUUUCAAUUAAUUGAGAUCGGUUCUAUUGUGUGUAAUAUCCUAUAUGACUUUUUGAAACUAUUGAUUCAAAAAUCAGCUGAUUCUGAGCCAAAAAAAUGAAAAAAUUGUCAAAUCAGCUUGCAGAGUGCAGCUUUAAAUGAAUCUAACAUUUUUUUCUAAUUAGUAAUUUAUAUGUUACUUGAACGACAUUGAAAAACAACUACCCUACCAGCUUAGCAGCUAUACUGACUAAUGUUCAGUUACUCCAAUUUCAGAAAAACCUUUUAACUACUUGACCAAUGAAGAAUUACUGGUAAAAUACCAUAUAAAUUUUGUUUCCUGAAACACUUCAUAGGCAUGUAAUUAUCUCGCUUAAAUGUUUUUGAUUAAGUUUACAAGCAGAAUAAAGACGCUGUGUGCAAAAAAACCUGAAAUAAUAACCCUAGAAAUAGCAAUUUAAAAGAAAACUUCAUUCUAAAAAUUGUUCCAAGCUUUGAGGUAGUACCUCUCUGUAUAACAGAUGUCUCAAAUUACUGAGGUAAACAUCAUGUCAUCAUUAAAAGGCUUGAGGUUAUUUUAGAAAAAAAUUAUAUAUUAGGUACAGUUUCUUCUUUUGGCUAGUAUAAUUUUUCUUUGAUGUAUAAUUGGAUCACAUCAGACAGAAAUUAAAACCGUCACCAAAGAAUACAAAUCUUGGUUUCGCUGCAAGAGAAAACAAAAUCAGAAUGAAAUUUGUCUAAAAUAACCUCAAGUCUUUUGAUGAUACUAUGACUAUGAUAUAUGUGCAGAAUAAAGUGAUCUUUAAAAACAGCUAAAUUUAGGGUUAUUUAAUAUCUGGUAUAUUUGUGCAUGCAUAGUCUCUUUAGUCAUAGAUUUUAAAGGGGCUAGACACCAGAUGAUACAAGAAAAAAAGAAAAUAUAAAAUAGCCAUCGAUGUGUACAACACCUUGAAUCUUACUUACUCCUGUAUCACAUCGCUAAUGAUACAUGCAUCUUUCGUAGAUUUUGAGCAUUUUUCCAAUUUGAAAUUUACUCAUGUUGUCAACCACGUAAGUUUAAAAAUAGCGUUGGUAUAUUUAUCUGUACUCAUAAACAGAUAUGAUUUAAACUGGGAAACCAUGAUGUGCUUUUUUAAACAGGGAAACACAGAUGAGACAGCAACAUGAUUGUUAAUGAUUUUAAUCAUGUAUUAUAAUGUAUUAUCAACCUACUACUAGCUCGCACUGGCAAUUAAAGGCUUGUUUUGAGGAUAUACUGUAUAUUUGAUGAUUUGGGGACAAUCUGGUGUCUCGCCCCUUUAAGUCUGAAGUGUCUUGCCCCUUUAAUUUUUAGGGUUAAUCCUGCAAAAUUGAUUUAGAGCUUAUAACUUCAGACUGUUGUACAGUUGUAAAGAUUACCUGUUGCUCUGACUUUUGAAGCAACAACAUUAGAUAGUUCCUUGAAAUUAAUACAUUUAACUUUAGAAAUCAUUUCAAAAGGGGUCUAAGCCCCUUUACCCAAACAAAUCCUGUGGUGGUAUUCAAUAUUCAAUUAAAGUUAGUCUUAUGGUAACAAGUACUCAGAUUAGCUACAUCGUUCUUAGAUCCAAUUAAGACCAGCAUUGAAUACCAGCCCAGGAAUUGUUUCAAGGAUUAAAAUUAUCAGCUGUUAUAAGAACCCCUGUUUUUUUCUGGUUGUAUAUUAUAUUCCUGUAUGAAUUAUGUUGUUUUUUUUGUCUCACAUGUUUCAUUUGUGUAUAGGAUAUUGUAUUUUAUGGUUGUUACUGAUGUUAUAUGCAACAUUGUUAUGAUUUGGACCAAUAACUUGUAGCAAGGGUUUGGAUCUGAUGUACAAUUAUAACAGGUUGAUCAUUGCAAGAAUAUGUUUUAUGGUUGGUAAUAAGAUAAUAAUAAAGUAUCUU